AUAUAUAAACAGGUAUAUAAAUCAGUCGAGAUAUACAUUUUUUAUUAGUUAUUGCAAUCAAUAUCUACAGUUAAAUUCAAAAAUCACUCAAAAUGAGUAAAUUUAUAAUAAUUUUAAUAAUUGGUGCAUGCUUGGUUCACCAGAACUUGGCUGGUACACAACUGAAAUCUAGUAAAGAUGAGGCUAAGAAAGCAUUUCACAAAUUGAUGGAAGAAAUCGACAAAGCACUGACAUCAGCCCAAAAUGCUUUGAAUAAAGCAGUGGAUAAAGUGAAAUCCGAAGCAGCUGAAUUGGAAGGCAAGGCCAAUAGCGAACUGGAUAAGGUUCUGGACCCUCUAAGGACAAAAUUGAACAAACUAGUUGCUGAGGCAACAGCCAAAGGUUUUGAUGUGUCCAAGUGUCAAAGCUACGUUGACGGCUUUUCGAAUAUUCCAGACCAACUAGUGACCAAUUUGGGAGAAUGUGUUACCACUCAAGUUGAAAAGGCCCAAGGUUACGUGAACGACGCGCUGAACAGCGCCAAGAAAAUCGAAGAGGACCUAAACACUAUUGAUUCUGACAUUGAUAACUGUGGAGGAAACGAAUUCAAAAAAAUCAAAUGCUACGCCAAAAUUAUCGAAAAAAUUGAGAAAGAUACGAAAGAUGCUCCGGCCCAUAUCGCGGAAGAUGUAACAAAAGCUACAGCAUUGGUAACUGAAAUUGUUCCCGUUUUGGAACAGUGUUUUACUGACAAGUUGAAAAAAGCGGGCGAGGAUGCUACCAAAGAUGUGGCUGAUUUUGCUGUCUGCGCUGCACUUUAAAAUAUUUUCGAACGUUCUUAAAAUUUAGUGAUUGAUUUUUUUAUAUUAAGAAAACAAUUAAUAGGACCUUAGCUAUAAGCAGUUAUACAGAGAAGACCAGGCUACUAGUAACACAGCAAGUUGCCGGACGAAUUUACGUUUACCCGUUUUGCGUUCGUACUCGAGAGUCACUGCCGGCUAGUCGGCUGGUCAGGCAGUACGCAGUUGCAGUUGUGCUUGGACGGGUCGGUCGUGACAGACUAGGAAUAUGACGCGAAUGCCGAAUAUUUAUUAUUUUCAUUUUAAGUGUUUACCUUCACUUGAGGUAACAUUUAAAAUAAGAAUACUUAAAUAUUUAUUAUUUGAGUGUGUUUACAAGCCAAAACUAAAAAUAAGUAAAUUCUCUAAACCCAAAACUCAUUUCCAAAAUUAAAAAAUACAUCAAUAAAAUACAAAAAAACUAAAAUAUUACUCUAAAUGAAAAAAAGUUAUAACAAGUGUUCAAAAAGACUACCUUCUUGAGCCUAGGCGGUCGUAAAAUCCCCGUCUGACAUUGGCUAAUAUAUUAGGACUAAUAGUUUGGACAGCCUCUCGUAUUUUUACUUGAAGCUCAUCCAGAUUAUUAGCCCUAUUAUGACCAUACACUUUGUAUUUUACAUAACCCUACAAAAAGAAAUCAUUGGGAGAAAGAUCUGGUGAUCUAGCGGGCCACAAAAUAGUUCUAUGUCCACUAAUUAAACGGUUGGGAAAAGUAUUGUUCAAAUAUUCUUGAACAAUACAGGCAUUGUGAUCUAAAUUGGACUUUUCCAAUACAGAUUCACAAAACGCCAUACGCCGAAAUUGGUCUUC